CAUAUUUGUGGGACACAGCGCUGCCGGCGGAUAGAGGGAGGAAGGUGAAAGAAAAACAACAAAAACAAGAAAUUAAUCCGGUUUUUAAUGAUUUAUUCUAAGACACAGCAGAGACACCUGUCUGCUGACGUCACACAGGGGUCACCAUGUUGAGUGUGGGCGGGUCACUGAGAUCAGCCGUCCUGCAGCUUCCUGCACGAAGAGUCUGUUCUGCUGCAUCCAAGUCACCUCAGACCUGUUCUUCACCUGCCGGAGUCCCCACAGUCUGCUGGCAAAUGUUACCCAUCAGGACCCUGUCAGGAGUCGGACCGCUGUCAGGAGUCGGAAUGCUGUCAGGAGUCCGGACGCUGUCAGGAGUCGGGGCGCUCUCCUGUAGCGGAACGCUGUCAGGAGUCGGGGCGCUGUCAGGAGUCCGGACGCUGUCAGGAGUCGGGACGCUGUCAGGAGUCGGUACACUGUCAGGAGUCGGGACGCUGUCAGGAGUCGGGACGAUGUCAGGAGUCGGGGCGCUGUCAGGAGUCUGGACGCUGUCAGGAGUCGGUACACUGUCAGGAGUCGGGACGCUGUCAGGAGUCGGUACACUGUCAGGAGUCCGGACGCUGUCAGGAGUCGGGGAGCUGUCAGGAGUCGGGGAGCUGUCAGGAGUCGGGGAGCUGUCAGGAGUUCGGACGCUGUCAGGAGUCGGUACACUGUCAGGAGUCCGGACGCUGUCAGGAGUCGGGACGAUGUCAGGAGUCCGGACGCUGUCAGGAGUCGGUUUUGGGGCGCUGUCGGGAGUCCGGAGGAUCUCAGGCGGUGGCCGUGAUGGUGGUGCAGGUGCAGCCGGCUGGUACGACGGCCUCUCGGACUCAGCUCCGGUUCACCUGUGUGAGCACUUUCUGGUGAGCGUGCAGCAGGUGAGUGGGCUGCCGUGGUGGCUGAGCAUCGGUGUGGCUACGCUGUCGGUCAGGACGCUCGUCACUCUGCCUCUCGCCACCUACCAGAUGGUCAUCAUCGCCAAGGUGGAGGCGCUGCAGGCAGAGAUCUCUGAGCUGGCGAAGAGACUGCGAUACGAGGUUUCAGUCCGAGCGAGAGAGAGAGGCUGGACAGAGAAACAGAGCCGGUUCCAGUUCAAGAAGAAUCUGCGUCGUAUUGUUUCUCAGCUCUACAUCAGAGACAACUGUCACCCCUUCAAAGCCAGCCUGCUGGUCUGGGUCCAGCUGCCUCUGUGGAUCAGUCUCUCUCUGGCGCUCCGGAACCUGAGUCUGGAUCAGUCCGAGCUGCAGUCUGAUCUGGUUUCGGGGGGCUGCCUGUGGUUCCCGGACCUGACCGUACCGGACUCCACCUGGAUUCUGCCGGUGUGUCUGGGACUCACCAACCUGCUGAUCGUGGAGGUGUUUUCUCUCCAGAGGGUCAACCCGUCUCGCGUCCAGAGGAUCACGACGAACGCCAUCCGGGCGUUCUCGGUGCUGAUGGUUCCCAUCGCCGCCACGGUUCCCUCCGCCAUGUCUCUGUACUGGUUCGUCUCCAGUCUUGUUGGUUUCAGUCACAAUCUGCUGCUUCGUUCUCCUUCCAUCCACAAAAUCCUCAAACUGAAAACUCCUCGAUCAGAAACUCCGUACAGAGACCUGCUGUCUGCCUUCAUCAGCAAGUACUGCAAGUAGUACACAGAGUACUGCAGUGGUACACAGAGUACUGCAGUAAUACUGCAGUGAUACACAGAGUACUGCAGUAAUACACAGAGUGAUGCUCCUGUGAUCAGAUUAUUGAUGUUUGUUGAUCAGCUGAUGUUUAUUAAUAAAUCAGAACUUGUGAUUCA